GACACACGGGGCACACACAAACACACACAGGGAGAUACGCUGGGCACGCACACACACUAGGCACACACACAUAUGCACACACUGGACACGCACUGACGGUGACAGCUCUCUUUGUUUGGGGUCUGACGCCGGACUGGCCUUGGGCACCGCCUGCGCUGGACACGGCUCUCGCAGCCCUGCGACAGGGGCCGGGUUAAGCCGGCCCAGGAGGAGGGGGCGGCGGGGCUGGAGCUGCCGCUGUCGGUCGGGUUCCCUGCGCCGCCGGGGCCGGAGCGGAUCGCUCCGCCUGCCAGCCGCGGCCCGUGGCACCACCGGCCUCCUGGUGCUUCCAGGGGAGCGGGAGGAGGAUGGCGAAUGGGGGCUCCCGACCCGCCUGGCCCCUGCUGGCCAUGGUGUUCUUCAGCCUGACCGCUUCUCUGGGCUUGGCGGAUGAAGACUGCCUGUGGUACCUGGACAAGAAUGGCUCAUGGCACCCUGGCUUUGACUGCAACUUCUUCACCUUUUGCUGCGGCAAUUGUUACCAGCGCUACUGCUGCAUCGACCCCCUGAAGCUCAUCACGGAGAGGCAGCAGAAGCACUGCCUUGCUUUCAGCCCAAAGACCAUCGCUGGCAUUGCCUCAGCCGUCGUCCUCUUCGUGGCCAUCGUUGCCACCAUCAUCUGCUGCUUCAUGUGCUCCUGCUGCUACCUGUACCAGAGACGGCAGCACAUGCGGACACCCUUCCAAGGCCAGGAGAUCCCGUUGUCCAGCUACCCAGCUCAGCCACCAUUCACUUACCCUGUGGAUCCCAAAGCAGGACCUGCACCCCCACAGCCAGGCUAUGCCCCCAUGGCCAUGUAUCCGCCCACUGCCCCAGCUGCACAGUAUCCGAUGUACCCAGCAGGGCCCCCGCUGUACAACCCAGCAGCACCCCCGCCCUAUCUCCCACCACAGCCUACCUACCCUGGAGCCUGAGGAGACCCCAGAGAGACUGCAAAGUCAGCGCCUUGUGCCCUGGACUGUGAGCUUAUGAGCCCCUGCUGCGGGCUUCUCUGCUGCAUUGUGACUCCUGUGAACCUCAGACACCCCGUGCCUGGUCCCAGACUAGCCAUUGCCACCUUCUCAGCAAAGCGGUGCAGUACGCCCCCUGCCCUCUCCUGCCUGUUUCACUGAGGGACCAUGCCAAUUAGGGUCCCCCUGUGGUCCCCUGAGUAUGACAAGUGGGUCCCCCCAGGGUGGGCCAAAUGGGGUCCCCCUGCAGUCCCUUGGGCAUGAUAAGUGGGUCUCUCCAGGGCCUACUGAAUGGGGUACCCCCACAGUCACCAGGGCAUGCCAAGUGGGGUACCCCAGGAUGUGCCAAGUGGGGUACUCCUGCAGUCCCUGGGCCAUUUCUGAGUGUCACAGCUCUGUCUGGCUUUAGUGAGGGAGGCUGAGUUCUGAGGGACCAAAACACACAACAUGAGCACAAAGGAAGCUCUUGUGCAGCCAGACACUGGCUCCUUUGUGGGAUGAGUUCCCUCUGCUGAAGCCGCCUCUGCGAAGGCUCCACCUGAGCUCAGCGCUCACAGACACCGGGAUCUCAAUAGCCCAAUUGUGAGGGGGAGCAGUGCCCUGUUGGUGUGA